ACAAAACAAAAACUUAUUCAUGAUCAUUAACAAAUAAGUAAUAAAGAGUGCCGAUGUGAGUUCUAUUAUCAUUAACUGAAUUAUAAUUGCGCAAUUGAAGAUGUCCGACAACGAGUACGAACGCUUUGAAGUAACGGAUUACGAUCUCGACAAUGAGUUCAACAUUAACCGGCCCCGUGGGCGCCAGAGCCGGCACCAGCAGAUCUACGGUAUAUGGGCGGACGACAGCGAGGAGAGCGGUGGCGAGGGCGGCAGCACCCGGAGGGGGCGGUCUGCCCGGAAGCCCAAAGACUACACCAUGCCCGUCAAUUUUGUGGCUGGCGGUAUUCAACAGGCCGGAAAAAAGAAAAAGAAGACCCUUAAGACAGGAGGCGAGGAAGGUCCGCAGAAUGAGGGUGCAGACGAGGGGCAGGGGGAGCAGAGCGACGACUCUGCUACAAGUGGACGGGCGGCCUUCGGCCGGAGCGACCCGGACAGCUCUAAUAGCUCUGCGGAGGAGGAAAGGCCCUCAAUGGGCCGAAAACAGGCAAACACCAACUUUCAGCACCGCUCGCACAUCUCCAGUGAACGGAACGUGGGCGCUUGGGAACAGCAUACGCGCGGCAUCGGAGCUAAGCUACUUCUCCAGAUGGGCUAUGAACCGGGCAAGGGGUUGGGCAAAGACCUGCAAGGCAUCUCGCAACCAGUUCAGGCCCAUGUGCGCAAGGGCAGAGGCGCCAUCGGUGCUUACGGACCUGAAACUGCAGCCAGCAUCGGCGGAAAGGCUACCAAAAGCAUCAAUGUGGAUGAGGAUGUGCGUGAGGCAAAGGAAUUCAAAGAACAGAUGAACAAGUGGCGCAAGGGUGCAGCUGCAGGAGCCGAUUCUGUGGAGAGGCAUGGAAAGCGCUACUACUACAAGUCCGUGGAGGAGGUGAUCGCCAAGGGUCAUACGUCGAGUCACCUGCUAUCUGAAAAGCUGAGCAAAAAACUAGGCAAUGUCCCCGUGAUCGACAUGACGGGCCCUGAAAAGCGUGUUCUGAGUGGCUAUCAUGCCCUAGGUCAGGCGAAAAUUACGCCGGAGGAAACUCUCUACGAUACAGAAUCUGCCGAAAAGGGACCGGCUCCCGUCUGCGUGUUCGCCAUGCCUGAACUAACCCACAACCUCCAGCUCUUAGUGAGCCAGUGCGAGCAACAAAUCAUCGCCAUCGACAACCAGGAGCGUGAGUGCUCCAGCCAGCAGGCAGCGCUUGAAAGCGAGCACCGCAAGCUGGAGGAGAUCGUGCAACUUGAACGGAACCACAUUCGCACACUGGAGGAAUCUCUGGACCGAGUCGAGCGUCUAAGCGAGAAUCCGGACUUGAGCUUAAACCAGGCGGAACGACUCUUUCGGGAGCUUCUAGAGGACUACGCUGCCGAGUUCCAGGAGUUUGGUCUGGCCGACCUUGCAGCGGGCGUGAUUGCCCCACUUAUGAAGAGGGAGCUAGUCCAGUGGAAGCCACUAGAAAGGCCAACGGAGCCAUUGCCGCUGGUCAAGAUUUGGCGUGCCAUGCUGCAGCAAGGGGAGCCGGCGGAACAGCAGCCUCGCAACGUCUUUGAUCCGUACUCCUCGCUCAUCUGGGCAGGGGUGAUGCCGUCGUUUCGUGCAAGCGCCGCAGCCUGGCAGCCCAAGGAGCAUUCGCCAAUGGCUGCACUUCUCGACAGCUGGGCUCCCGUGCUACCCAGUUGGGUUCUGGACUCGGUGCUAGAGCAGUUGGUGCUGCCCCGGUUGGUGGCCGGUGUUCAGGAGUGGGAUCCCCUCACCGACACCGUUCCCAUAGACAGCUGGGUGCUACCAUGGCACCCCAUACUAGGGAGUAAACUCGAGGAGGCCGUCUACCCGCAGAUCCGCCACAAACUAGGAUUGGCGCUGCGAGCCUGGUCGCCGCAGGAUAGAUCAGCCAGGGCCAUGCUUACGCCCUGGCAGCAAGCAUUCCCUGAGGAAGAGAUGCAAGAGUUCUUACAGCGGCACAUCGUGCCGAAACUUCAGGCGACAUUGAGUGAAUUCGUUAUAAACCCACUACAUCAGGAUCUAGAGCUGUGGCACCAGGUGUGGGAGUGGCACGAGCUCAUCGAAGCAAUGUACAUGGCGCAGCUUCUUGACAGGCACUUCUUCCCGCGCUGGAUGCAGGUGCUCGUAGUCUGGUUGAAUCAGUCUCCCGACUACACAGAGAUAUCGCGGUGGUACACUGGGUGGAAGAGCAUGUUGAGUGAAGCUGUUUUGCGAGAGCCAAGCGUCAAGGAGCAUUUGCGUCGGGCUCUGGAAAUGAUGCAUAGAGCCAGCGACGCGCUGCUCCAGCCCACAGUAGCACCUACACCCCCGCCGCCGGUUCCUCCUGCUCCUGUAAUGAUGAUGGAUCUGAUUCAUACGCCCGUACAGCUGGAGUUCAAAGAACUUGUGGCGCAGCAAUGCGCCGACUUGGGCAUCAUCUUCGCUCCUCUUCCUGGGAGACGGGAGAUGGGCAAACAGAUCUAUCGCGUAGGAAAGCUCUUUUGCUACAUCGAUCGACACGUCUGCAUGAUCAGCGAUGGAAGCUUUAGCAACUGGCAGCCGGUGGCAUUGAAUCAUCUGCUGGAACGCUCUCAAACUGGAAUACUCUGAAUAAAGAAAUGGGAAAAUUAAUUUGUAAAUAAUGUGUUAAAGUGCGUCUUGAUUAAAACCAUUAGAAAGUUCUUUUAAAUUUACCGAAGAAUGCUCGAUAAGCAUGCAAAAUUAUU